CUUUUAUACUUUUCCCACUUUCUUCUUUCUCCCUAAGUAUAAAUACACUUACUCACACAUAUCUCUGCUAUCAAAAUUCAUUUGAUAAAUUCAUCCUAAUCCCCCUAUUUUUGGGCUCUUUUACCAAUUCUUUUCCUGGUGAAUUGGUUAGGGAAUUUUGUUGCUGUUUUCUGAAGAAAAAAUCUCUAAUUACCCAAAAAUGGAGCUUGAGAAAGUUGCCGUAGCAGAGGUGGGUGAGAAGAGAAGCAGAAAAGGAGGGUUGAAACAAGGGAAGGCUAACGGAGGUGUCGACCAUGGCGCUGAUCAAUCGGAGCAUGAGAUGCAUAUAUGGACUGAAAGAGAAAGGAGGAAGAAGAUGAGGAAUAUGUUCUCUAGUCUUCAUGCUUUGCUACCUCAACUUCCUGCGAAGGCGGACAAGUCUACCGUUGUUGAUGAAGCAGUAACAUACAUAAAAAACCUUCAACAGACUCUCCAAACACUUGAAAAACAAAAGCUUGAGAAAUUAAAGAAUUCAGCAACGGUUGAUUACGAUCAAUCAUCCAUAAUCACGUCGCAGGUGCAACCUCCUGAAUCAAGGGAAGCAUUCUUUACUGAUAAUCAGGGACCAACAAAUAACUAUCCGAUGACCAUAGACAUAUCUCAGACAUUUCCAGCCCAAGCUUCACCAGCUUGCUUUCAGACAUGGUUUUCAUCCAAUGUAGUCAUUAGUAUGUGUGGGGAUGAUGCACAAAUCAAUGUCUGUUCCCCAAGGAAGCCAGGGACAUUCGCCACUAUCUUGUACAUACUAGAAAAGCAUCAAUUGGAGGUGGUUUCGGCUCACAUUUCCUCAGAUCAAUAUCGUACCAUGUACAUGAUCCAUGUUCAUGCUGGUGGAGCAUCUGAACAAUUUCCGGAGUUACUGUCGAUAGAAGAGACAUUUAAGCUGGCUGCAGGAGAGAUGAACUUAUGCCUCUUUUCGUGUUAACAAUACUAGAAAAUCAUCAAAAAAAGCUUGGUCAGCACUUUCCAUUGUAAUACAAAGGGUUGUUCUAGUGAAUGACUCACGGAAACCCACUGGGAUUGCACCCUAGUUUAGUCUAUCCCUACAGGAAGUUGAUGAAGGUGACUGUCUGCAUGUUAAAGCAAAUCUAUUGCUAUUGUUGGGAUUUUGUGCCUUUAAUGAAAUGAUUUUGUU